AUGAGACUGUUCCUGAUUCAGAUGCCUUAUCCACUUUCGAAGAUCGAUUUUGUUGCUACUCGCUCGUUUCCGGUCGGUGGCAUGGAGAAUUGGGGGCUUGUCGUAUUCAAGAACGAAGUGCUGCUCCUCGAUUCAUUGCUUGAAAACAAUGCAAAUAUGUCAGUGGAUUUACUCGCUCAGCAGUAUGACAUCCAGAAAAUAAUCACGCACGAACUCGCUCACCAAUGGUUUGGAAAUUUGGUAACGAUAAAUGAUUGGUCAGAGCUUUGGCUAAGCGAGGGAUUUGCAACCUUCUAUGCGAACGAUUUUCUCAAUAAGCUACAUCCGUUUUUGGCCAGUAAUGAAUACUUUCUUUACCUGUCGCAACUUCUCAUCAAACAGGCUUCUCACAAAAAACUGGCACUCGUGAGGCACUUCAAAACAGAAGCGGAUGUGGAGGCUGCAUUUAGCCCUUAUCAUCUUUAUACGAAGGGAGCUGCUGUCGUUAAAAUGAUUCGGGAUCUGGUCGGAGAAAAUAAUUUUCGUGAAGGUAUCAGAAGGUACGACAAUUCUUAAUUUUUAAAAACUAAUGCUUACAAAAACGUUGGACGAUCGUCACUUUGGAAAGCACUGCCAGCAUAUACAAGUCACGGCGUCGGAAGUGAAAAGCUUGAAAAUGUUAUUGAGUCGUGGCUGAUAAAUGAUGGAAUGCCGGAAGUGAUUGUU